AUGGAGAAACAGAAGGAGCCUGCCGUACAGUGCUCAGCACUCCUACCGCAAGCACUCUUGGACUCGGAGGCAUCCUUCAAGGAACUGGCCUUGAAGGUGGGGAUCUCUACGCCAGUGCUGCAAGAGCUUCUUACUGCGGGAUUCACCACGUUUGGCAAAUUGUGCUUUGCGGUGUCUGCUAAUCCCGCGAGCUUGAUGUGUCCUGCCUUAGGCGGUUGCUGUUUUGAGGCCAACAGCUUGAACAUUGCAGACCUGCACACUCGCGCAGCAGGCUCGCCUUGCAGGGUGGUCUUCACCCCGGAGACUAUUCCGUCUAAUGGCCUGGUGGAUCUCUUUGUGGACCAACUGGAAAUGAUGUCCGUGAAGAAGGAUAAGACCAUCAACAUCGACCAAGACGGCCGUAUGCGCAUCAAUUCGAAGCCCAAUGCUGACCGUGCCCUCUUCAUGUAUGCCUCUGAAAAGUUGAUGGGUCGGCUUGCUGCUCCGGUCACUCAGUUUCUGCAGCCUGUCCAACGUCCGCCUGACCCUCCUGCCGGUUGGGAUAGCAAUGCUUGGAAAGGCAAGGGUAAGAAAGGCAAAGAAGGCAAGGACGGAAAAGGCAAGACAGGCAAAGGCACUGGUGCAGCUCCUUCCAAGCCUGACAUUCCUGAGGGCUGUGACCCGGGCACGGCUUCUCUUGCUCGGGCCGUGCCGCUCUCUGUGCAAGAGCAAGAUUUUUCUACUGCCACUGUCGGCGGUACCCGGACAUUCGACGAUGCCGAAGCUCUAGCCGCGGAGUUCUUCCUGAUUCCAAAGGUCGCCGCCAAGGGGGCUGAUGUGCAUGUCGAUCGCCAUAACUUACCAGGCAGCUUGAAAGCUGUCAUUGCGAUUACAGAUUUUAAGCAGGGUGGCUUGGUUGUCGAGGACCCCGAUGGUCCCGAACGCGCUUGCUUCCAAGGAAAGGUUGUCCAUGGGCGGAUAAUUCCUUUUCAAAAUCACGUCCUUGUCUUUGAUGCUCAAUCCCAGCGGCAUUGGACCCAGGCUUGGCAAGGACGCAGGCAGGUUCUGGUGGCUUACAGCGUGCCCACUCAGGGUUUGUCUGCUGAGGACAUUCAGUUUCUGCGUGACUUGGGUUUCUCGCUGCCUUCUGCUACGAGAGUUCCGCGACCCGUCCGGGAUAGCCGUCCCUGGGCCUUGGAGGUUUUCGCGGGGUCUGCGGUGCUUUCUAAAGCUUGGAUCCGAGCUGGGUUUCGUGUGCUUGCCAUCGACAUUUGUGUUCGGGGUGCACAAGUGCCCAUUGCACCUUUGGAUUUGACUUCGGCGUCGGGCCUUAAAAUUUUCUGGGAUCUUGUGGCUAAACUGCAGCCAGAGGCCAUCCAUGUCGGGGUUCCAUGCGGUACCGCUUCUCGUGCUCGAGAGAAACGCCUUCCAGCCAGUGUUGUGGCGGCUGGGGCCCCACAGCCCCAGCCUCUGAGGGACGCUUUGCAUCCUUUGGGCUUGCCGAGUUUGUCUCCUGGCUCUCUUGACGCCCUCCGAGUUACAAAGGCUAACCAGCUCUAUGAGCUUUCCCUUGACAUUGCCUUGUUUUGUGCCAGCCGCGAUAUUGUCGUGUCCAUUGAAAAUCCGGCCAGAUCUUGGGCCUGGGCGGCCAUCGUUGAGCUCCUGCGCCGCAGGGCUAACGCCUCUGACUGUGCCUGCUUUAAUCGCCUGCAAUCCGUCAUUUUCCAUUCCUGUACGCAUGGGGGCAGCCGUCCCAAACAGACCAAGCUGCUGUGUACCGCUGACGUUUAUGCCACCCUCAGCGCCCAGUGUGAUGGGCGGCAUCAGCAUGAGCCCUGGUCUAUCACAGCCAAAGGGGGUCGUUGGCAUUUUGCCACUGCCCAAGAGGCGGCCUAUCCUGCUCUUCUGGCCGCUCGCAUGGCCCGCUGCUUGUUGCUUCAUGUGCGUGCCAAACGCCCUGCCGUCCGUUUGGAGCCGACCCUCUCCGUCCUGUCAUCUGCCGCUGUGUCGCGUCAGACUCGCAAACACGCCGCCCUGAUUCCAGAAUUUGCUCAGGUGAUCCAGCUGCCAAUUUCUCAGGUUGAUAAAGGCAUGCGUGUACUUCGCGAAGUCUCGUUCCAUGGGGAGUGUGCGGGAGACUGCGACUCGAACAACCCUAUUGCCGAGGCCCAGGCGCAGGCGUUGCAGCACCCAUUCGAUACCCACAAUCCGGUGGCUGCAGUCACUGUGGAUGCGAUCGACUUUCUGGUGAACUCUUCUCCGCAGCAAGUGACUUUGCACAGGAAGCUGGCCUUGCUUAAGUUACAGCUGCUGAUCAAAAAGGGUGAGAGAGAGGAAGCGGACCUCCACAGCAAGAUGCAUCCUUCAGUGGCUAAGGUGAUGCGUGGUAAAAAGAUUUUAGCACUUAAGGCCUUACUUGAACAAGAAGGUUAUGAUGACCUUGAGGCAGUCAAGUUCUUGACCGAGGGUGUACAUGUCAUGGGCUCUGAACCCCAUCCUCCUUGCUUCGACAAAAAGGUGAAAGCCGCUACGCUAACUGAACAAGACCUGCGGGAUACAGCCAAGGAGAGACGGGAAGCCAUUGUUGGUGAUGAUGCACCCGGCGACGCGGCCAAGGCUCAACUCUUGUUCAAGGUCACGCAGGAGGAAGUCGACCUGGGUUUCCUAGAUGGGCCGUACACGGCUGAUGAAAUCUCAAACUUGGUGGGACAUGACCAGUGGUGCGUCAUAAGAAGGUUCUUGCUGGAUCAAGGGUCGAAACAUCGGCCUAUCGAUGAUGCCUGUCAGUCGCAAACCAAUGCUGCCUACAGCGCUACCAUCCGCUUGGAGCUUCACAAUGCUGACUACGUAGCAUCGUUGGCCCUUCUUAUCGCCAAGAAGGCCAAAAACCAAAAGCACGGGUCAGGUGCAUGGCUGGGUAAAUGCCUCGACUUGACCAAGGCUUACAAGCAGGUAGCAUUGCACCCGGAUCAACGAGAUUUAUGCAUAACCUACUUCAGAGGACCAGGGGGAGAGGAAAAAAUUUUCCUCCCCAAUGCGCUGAUGUUUGGCGCCACUGCCGCCGUUUUCGGGUUCAUUAGGAUUAGUCGGUGUCUCUGGUUUCUCGCGAACAAAGUCAUGAAGGUUCCAUCAGCUUGCUAUUUUGACGACUACCCUCUCUUCGCGCCAGAAGAGGGGGCCCAGGAGGCAGAUGAAUGCAUAAGUCAAUUCUUCACCAUGCUGGGGUGGUCUCACGCCGUCACCGGCGAAAAAGGCAAGCCGUGCUCAUCAUCCUUCGAUGUCUUAGGACUUACUUUGGACUUGUCGCAACUGCAGAAAGGUUUAGUGGUUCUCAGGAACAAACCCGGACGGGUGGAGAAAAUCUUGAGUGAGUUUGACAAGGUCUCUGAACCGGAAGCCAUCACCCGCCACCAGAUACAGGUCCUCCAUGGGCUGUUGAAUUUCGCUGCGGGGUUUUAUUCCGGAAGGGUGCUGAAACACUUGUGUUAUGAUCUCUUGGAGUUCCUUGAAUGGCGCGGCCCGGUCGCUUUCCAACGGCUCCAGAAGCUUUCGGCACGAGUGAAGCAUGUGCUGGAAUCGAUGCCGCCCAGGGUCUUGUCGUGCAACUUUGCUUGUGAAUCAAUACUCGUGUGGACCGACGGCUCGUGGGAAUCGGGACAUGCGGGUAUUGGUGCGUGCAUCUGGGAUCCCUUGAAACAGUGUGGACAUGUGCUAGGAGGUGUGGCUCCAUCUUGGGCGAUUGAGUCGUGGAAGGAGGACUUCGAUGCUCGGGAUGGCGAGCCUCAACUUAUAUGCCACAUUGAGCUGCUUGUUCUAGUGGCGGUAAGAUGGAUGUUCCAAGAUCAAUUCUUGAACAGGCGAGUGAUUAUGUUCGUCGACAAUGACGCCGCUCGGUAUGCCAUUCUGAAAGGUGGAAGUGGAAGUGACGGGAUGAACAACUUAGUCCAAUUGUUCGACCUUCCUGAUCUAAAGUUUCCGUCUCUGUACUGGAUUGACCGUGUACCGUCGAGUAGCAACAUAGCGGACGGCCCUUCCAGAGAUGACUUCGUUGAUGAACUUUUGGGCUCCAUUGACCUUACAGAUACCGGGGGGAUUGGGGAUCAUGAAGCCCGAUCUGCAGUCAGUUUUGACCUUGACAUACCUGUUGCAGCACGCUCCGACCAAGACAUUCCGGACAGCCAGCUGUUGUCCGUGCUUGAGGAUGAUGAAGUGUGGGACGGCCCUGCUCCCAGUGCCCCGGACCCUUCGUGUGCUGCUGAGAUUUCAGACUCCGAGAGGGAGUGGUACUUGCUUGCGGGAUCGUUCGGGGCUGCCGGCGCUGUGAGCGCGCCCUGUGAGCCUUCACCACCGAGCUUGGAGCCUGAGCACCCUCCAGUGGUCCCGCUCUUGGACAGCACCGCCGAGGACCAGCUGCAGCAGAGUGCAGUGGGACAUAUCCAUAAGAGACUCCGCAUGGAAGCCCCACUCCUACCGUGGGAAAGGCAACCGUUUGCUGCAAUCUUUGGGGGCCCAUCUUGGCACGACACAUUGCAACGCCAGAUCAGCAUGGAUCUAAUGCCUGGGGUGGGUAGUGCCGACGUCCUUAAGCCAGCCCUGCCUAAGGCUCCUGCCCCUAAGCCCCAGAUUGUAGCAGCGUCCUUGGCGAACCGCCUUCACCGCUUCAGGCCGGAAGCCUCCGACGAGGACGUUCGCAAUCUUGCUUUGGCCAAACUCAAGGUAUUGAUUACUAGUGACCCCCUUGCCAGUGAGCUGGGUAAAUCCUUGAUUGAUAAGCUUGGAGGUCUUGUCCAAGAGGCUGUGGUAGCACAGUCCUUCGCAGAUACUUUCCGUGCCAAGGCGUCGUCCACGCUCAAUGGGCAUGCGUGUGCUCUCGCAAGGUUCAGUGCGUGGUGUGCUCGCCAGUCUGCAGAGCCUCUGCGGGCUGACGAAGAGCAUCUAUAUGCGUACUUGUGUGAGAUGAGGUCCUCCAACCGGGGGGCCACAUCGGGAAACAAGUUUCUGCAGUCGCUGACUUUCUUGGAGUAUUCCGUCGUGUUACUCUUCAUGUCGGUCGAUGUGGUCGUUUCUGCGAGGGUUCGGGGCGUCGCUCGAGACAUGGCCCUAACCAAGGCGCCGCUGUCUCAGAGGCCCGCGCUCACGGUGGAGCAAGUCGCAGCGCUAGAGGCGCUCAUUGUCAACGACCUGAACGACACUGACGCCUGUGUGCUGGGCCAAAUACUUUUCGCCGUUCACUCAGCUGGCAGGUGGAGGGAUAUCCAGGGAUUGCAGUCGGUGGAGGUCUCAGCAGGUUCCGAGACCACCUUGUUACUGGCAAACGGUCUGAAGAGCAAGACCACCCAUACGGCUCAGGCGCAAAGGAGGCUUCUGCCGUACGUUGCGAUAUCUACUGGUGUCUCAGGUUACGACUGGGGUGACCGCUGGCUCACUGCUCGCAGGAACGAGGGCCUUCAGUGGGGAGGCGACUUCUGCCUCCCCUCGUUCUCCUUGAGACUUGGGCAGUGGAGCACGGCCCGCAUGGGCUCCGGUGAGGCAUCUGCGUACCUUCGGGACUUCCUUGAGGCUGUUGGCCUGCCGAACAACAGGGUUGGGACCCACAGUCUUAAGACCACUCUAUUGACGUGGGCGAGCCGCUCAGUCAGGAUCGACUUCAGUGAGCCCGAAAGGCUACACCUAGGCCACCACUCCGCCCCGGGCACCCGAUCUAUGCUCGUAUACAGCAGAGAGGCUUACUCCAAGCUUUAUGCCAAGGUCUUAGCGAUGUUCAAAACGAUUGAGGAUGGAUCUUUCAAUCCGGACCUGCCUCCGGCGCGUCGGGUCGAACACCUCGCUGAGGCAAUCAUGGUUGGGAGCUCGCAGGCGUCCAACCUGGGACCGCAAGCCCCAGCCGGGGAGGACAGUGCCUCUUCGGACGAUUCCGAUGCAGGGAUCCUAGAGGGCCACGGCGAGCGUCACGCACCAGACUUAGUGCGGGGGGCGUUCCCGGAUCGUUUCCUCCAGGACAUCGUAGUGCACAGGUUUUCCGGCAUAUCGCAUGUUGUCAAGGACUCCGGCGUGCUUUGGUGCCACAGGCCGGUAAGUUCGAACUACACCCCGCUGGCCGAAGCCGGCGUUGCUGCUGAGUUCCCAACUGCGUGUCAUCAGUGCUCUAGUCUCGACUCCUCUGCUUACUUCUUCGAGCGGCUCGCCAAGGUUGGUUUGUCGAACGAGUUGAGAGAUGCACUGGCCCGAGCCGGGUACACGACGUUUGGGUCCCUUGCCUUUGCUGUGUCCUCGACCCCGGGCGCGGCAAGCGAUGAGGCUGUCUCCAGGUGGGCAUUGCACCUUGCAGAUCCGCUGCCGAAUGAGCACCAAAUGUCAGUGCUGCGCCGUUUGCUUUUCGAAGCGCAAUCCAUGUCGAUUGCUGAAAUGCGUGAUCGGGUCAACCUGGCCCCAGGCGAGGCCCCCACUCGUAAGUUGCCAAUGAUCGAGCGGGCUGAGAGGCUGAAGGCUCUGCGUCGUAAGCUGCCUGGGCUCAUCUUGACCCCCGACACUCUUCCGGCCAACCGUCUGGUAGAUAACUUUGUUGAUCAGCUUGAUUCGGGUGUGCUUACUUACGUGAAGCCGGAUGCAUGCAUCAGCCGAGCACAGGAGAUGGACUCCAAUAAGAGGGAUCCGACCCUGCAGGUACAGGGAAACGAGUUGAAGCUCGCUGCUAAGCAGGUUGAGCUGAAGUGCUCUAUCAGCACUGACAUGCAGCUGAGGCAAGCUUGGACCCGGAGGUCUCUCGCCAUGGAACUUGCUCAGCUUGCCUCGUUCACUGUGUUGGAGACCUGGGUUCAAAGCUUGUUCUCAAGAAUGCAGCGGGAGCCUCCAACGGGGUAUCACUCAGUCUCUCUCUCGCAGAUUAUGGCCGCCGAUCGGGAGCUCUUUCAGCUGCUGUCGCACAACCUUAUGGGCCAGAUUCAAGCGUCGGCCGGAGCUGUUCGUCCCCUCGAUCUUGAAAUCGAAAGCCUAAGCAAAAGCACCGACGUGCUAGUGCACCUGCUACCGCUCGUGAAGCCUCCUCCGAUGCCUCACCCGACGAAGCGGCCCCAUCCCGAUCCAAGGCUCCCGCAUAAGCCGACUCCCAAGGGGAAAGGAAAGGGUAAGACCGCAGAUCCGAACCAAGAGGAUGGGAAGGCCCCUAAGUACACCUUGCCCGAUGGGUGUGUUCCCAAGAGCGAGGACGGCAAACCUUGGUGCUUUCUGUGGAAUCAGGGCCGAUGCAAGUUCAAGAAUCCUAAGAAGGGCCGAUGUCCUCGGGGCUAUCAUGGGCGGGGGCCCCCGCGGGUCCUGAGCCUGAGACCUUGCCCCGAGGGGGCCGCGUCUCCCAAUCCGAUUUCUCCAGCAGACCUCAGUGGCCCCGAACCACAGGAUGCUGAGAGCUAUGCGCUGAACCUCCUGGCGAAGGCCGAGGUCUCUGCAUCUUCCGUGGCUCAAUUGUCAUUCCUUUUGCCUUGCGAUUCCAGUGUUCGGCCGUCGAGCGGCCCCAACGCAUUCCUUUUCAGCUGCGGUGCCUAUGUCCAUGGGGGAGUCACGGGUACUUUUGCUAAUGCCCGAACCCUGCCUGCCUGCACCCAGCUCCUUGCACGUUUCGCCAAGCAGUUCAUCGGGGACUCUUUUCCAUUCACAUCACUUGUGCUUCUUCGGGACAACCUCACCCACAUGCAUCGUGAUCGCAAUAACACCGGCCUCAGCGCACUGAUCCGAUGUUCAGAUUUUGAGGGUGGAGGUCUUUGGGUCGCCGACCCCAAGGGCUCGUCGUCCAUGCAGUUCGAAGGCAAGGUGCAUCAGGGUACCACUCGCGAGCUUGAGCGCUGCCUGCACUUCGAUCCAUGCAAGCUGCACUGCACGUUGCCCUGGUCCAAAGGCCCUCGGAUCGUCCUCGCGGCCCAUUCGAUUCGAGAUGCGUGUAAACUCCCGAAAGCCGAUGCUGACUUGCUGCUCAAACUUGGUUUCGUUCGGGCAUCGAGUGAAUCUGACACCAAGUCCUCCCCAGCCCAGAUUUCCCUUAGUGGUUUAGGCCCUGCCUGCCGACCUUCUACGGGUGUUGAUGCGCCUGCCGCCACCAGCCUUGGUGAGCUACAUCAACCUUCCCAGCGACCCUUGUUCAUCGAACUUUUUGCUGGCUCCGCGGGGCUGUCUCGGGCCAUGCUUGACCUUGGGUUUGAGGUCGUUACCUUUGAUCAUUAUGUCAAUCACCCUAAGGCCCCAGUUUGCAAGCUUGACCUGGCCGCUGCUUCCGGUCAGUCGGUUGUCUGGGAUGUGCUUCAGGCCCGAAGACCCCUUGCCGUGCAUCUCGCGCCUCCGAUUCUUGCUGACCAUGAGGCUCUUGCACGAUUCUGUUGUGACAUAAUCGGCUGGUGCAUCCAACGGGACGUCGUAGUGUCCCUUGAGCAGCCUGACCGGAGUGAAAGUUGGGCCCUGCUCACGUCGUUGGCCCGUUCGCGUGUGUCUGCCGAGGGCCUAUCCAAAUGGGCUGGACUCCACAAAAUCGUGUUUCCCCUCUGUAUGCACGGGGGGUCGAGUCGGGCCCUGACCCGUCUCCUUUGCACGGCCCGAGUUUUCGACGCUUUGGCCGUCGCCUGCGACGGCAAGCAUUGGCAUGGUCCGCGCCCCGGACCCUGGGCCGCCCCUGCAGCCUACCCUCCGGUCCUUUGCCAGCGCCUCGCCGGUUGCCUGCUCCAAUGUGCCAAGGUCUUAGAGCUCAAAAGGAAGUUGGCGAUUGCUAAGGCUGAAAUUCUGGUCAAGAAGCUCAGCUGCUCUGAGAAGGCCAGGCACCAGGCCCUGCCGGAUCAUAUGAAGAAAGUGCUCGCAAGCAAGAACCUUUCGCUCUUCGAGGCACUCCUCAAGGAGCAUGCGUACUGGGAUAUGGGGGUAGUCCAGCUCAUGGAAAGGGGUGUUGACCUCGUUGGGUUUCAGGACACCCCUCCUUGCUAUCCGCAAAAGAUUGUUCCUGCUACCAUGUCCAGGGACGAGUUCCUUGACUCUGCUGACUGGAGGCGGCGGGCUCUCACAACACCCGGCACCAGGGCUCCGGAUGCAGCUCAGCUUGCCCACCUUGAGCAGGCGUGCCAGGAAGAGGUAGACCUGGGAUUCAUGCUAGGACCUGACUCGGAGGAUCAAGUGUCCCAGCUGUUCGGCCAUACCCGUUGGUCAUGCAUCCGGAGGUUUGUCUUGGAGCAAAAACCAGGGAAGCUUCGGCCCAUUGAUGAUGCAAAGGAAGCGCUUGUGAACAGUGCCAGUACCUCGACGAUGCGACUCGAACUUGAGGACGCCGACUACCUGUCUGCCAUGGCCCUCGAGGUCGCGCGACGCAUCCUGGCCGACCCUUCCAAACCAGGGGCUGUGCCAUGGGUCGCCAGGUGCCUCGACCUGACGAAGGCCUACAAACAGAUGUGUGUUUCCGAGCGCGACCUGCAGGUCUCGGUGGUCUUCUUCCUUGAUGAACGAGGUAAGCCGAGGUACUACGUAAGCCAUUCGCUGUUAUUCGGGUGCACAUCGUCGGUUUUUGCAUUCAACAGGGUGUCAAAGGCAAUCUCCUUUCUGUUAAACCAAAUGUUGCUUGUACCAAGCUCCGUGUUCUACGACGACUUCCCUCUUCUGUCACCGAGCCCCACAAGUGACAGCGCCACGUGGGCCACAACCGCACUGCUUGACCUUCUGGGCUGGGGUCAUGCCCGCGUGGGCAAAGACACUAAAGGAGUUCCCUUUGCGGCAAGCUUCGAGGUCCUUGGGAUGUCGAUGCAACUUGAUGGUGUUCACAGGGGGCGCCUAACCCUUCAGAACAAAGCCGGACGCAUUGAGCAGCUUGUGUCUUUGUUUCAGGGAUUUCUUGACAGGGGUGCCAUCACGGUGCAUGAAGCGCAAGUUGCCCGCGGGCUCUUGAACUUCUCUGCUGGUUAUGUGAAUGGUCGGGCCUUGCGCUUGACUUGCCAGGAACUCCUUCGCUUGACAAAAGCAUCGUGCCCCGCUCCUCCGAAGGCGAUCCGCAGCUUCUGCGUCAACAGCAUUGAGGCCCUCCGGGCGCUAAGUCCCCGUGUGCUCAGUGUGUGGGACAGCCGAGCUCCCAUACACAUCUUCACGGAUGGUGCGUGGGAGCGUGGCCGAGCGGGCAUUGGUGCCGUCAUCUUUGAUACAGCUUCGGGCAAGUCGUGGACUUACGAGGGUUUAGUUCCAGAGCCGCUCAUCCUCCGAUGGGAGGCCGAUGUCGGGACCCAGCUCAUUUGCCAGAUCGAGUUGUACGCUGUUGUAUGCCUCAGAUGGGCCCUGGCCUCCACCUUUGAUCACAGACGCUUGAUUUGGUGGAUUGACAACGAAUCGGCUCGCUAUGGCGGCAUUUCGGACAGUCCCUCGAUGUCAUCCUUGAUUCAGGCCUUUGCGCUAGCGGAUUCUAAGGCACCUUCGUAUAGCUGGUACGAAAGGGUCCCAUCUUUUUCUAACAUCGCGGAUGGACCAAGCAGAGGCGAUUCGGCAGAGGCCUUGACCGUCUGCACCGACAAGGUGGGAAUCGAUUACCCUCUUGACGAAAGCCUCAUCCGGAGGCUCCUGUCAGCUUGA